GUCCUGCAGGGGGCAGCACUGGAAGCGGAAGUUCGUCGACAGUGAGCGUCACUGCUGCCAUUUUACGAGGAGCGAGAGGAGCCAGUGACCAUCGUGUGUGAUAUUCAUCGGCGUUAUCGAUAUUUAAAACCAUCUCAUCAUGGCUAUGCAAGCGGCGAAACGCGCUAAUGUAAGUUCAGAUUGAGUAUUUGGUUUAUUAUCUUCUUUAGAUAAGCUGGAGUUUUAACUUUGUCAUUAAUGUCGCUGAUACAGAUAGUUAGCUCGCUGUUAGCAUGCUAACAAACACAACAGUUGCUUUAUACUGUUCACUUCGUGUUUUUAGUGACAACAGCCUAAUUUGGAAGUAAAUACAGUAAAACAUAGACGCUUUUGUUACUUAAUAAGUCAACGGGAUCAUCUUUUGUGUUAAAUGUUUCGUAAUAGUCUUGGCGGUUUCACGUGGACUUCUCUGUUUAUUGUGGAUCUUUCUAAAGUCCACUUUCUGAUGUGGUUUUUGUGUUCCAGAUUCGAUUACCUCCUGAGGUGAACCGAAUCCUGUACGUCAGGAACCUUCCCUACAAGAUCACAGCUGAGGAAAUGUACGACAUCUUUGGGAAAUACGGACCGAUACGACAGAUCAGAACGUAAGUAUUUACCUGGUAAGGUAGUACACAACCACAACUAAUAUGACUCCUAGUCCAGUCCAGUUUAUUGUUUAAGUACACCCCUAGGUACUUGUACUCCUCUACAGUGUCCACUGAUGAUGAAACCAUUUUAGUGUAGAGACGCUAAAGUGGUCUCAUCAUUUACACAACUUUGCUGCGUUUUGUGCAGUGGCAGCCUUGUUCUCUGAGUCUGCUGUCUGCAUUUGCAGUCAAGCUGACACACAUAUGCUCCUGUGUCUGUUAACUAUACUGGGCAUCAGCUACCCUGCUCUAGGAAAUAUUGCUGUCUACAUUAUCGGUAUGGUAAACACCUUAAACUCUGCACUAAACUUUUAAGUGAUCACAUGUGAAAGUGUUUUGAGGUGACUGUUGAAAGAAUCUCUUCUACUAUGAAUGUUUAUGUAGUUCACAAAACAGGUGUGUGGGUGGUCCUUUAUGAUUUCUUGUCUAUGUGAGGACCUUGAAUCCCCACAUAGAAUUUUGAACACAUUGGAUUUAGUAAGUUUUCCACAUGUGGAGAACUAGUGACAUACUUACUAUUUAUUUAUUUAACCAGGUAAGAACCUGUUGAGAUCCAGAUCUCAUUUACAAGGGUGACCUGGCCAAGAGGUCGGCAGCACACAAAACAAUAAUAAAUAAUAAUAAUAAAGACGAAGAAAAUGACCUCCAGAAACAUAAUUAAAAACACAGGCACUGUUCCAUGGUCUCUUGAAGUCUGUCAUGUAAAAUUGAACGAAAACUUCAGGUCAGUCUGGAGAGAAUUCCAAGCUGAAGUGGAAGCAAAACUGAACGCUUUCAUGCCUAGUUCAGUUCUGAUUUGAGGAACAAUCAAAGGGACGGUGCUGUUUGAGAAAAAAAAAAAACUUACUAUGGAUAUUUUAGAGAUUGUUAAAACAACAAUCAUCAGUUGUUGAUGGUGGCAUCCAUCUACUAUCUUAAAACUGUAAAAAUGAUGAAUGAAUGCAUUGCUCUGACACAUGGAAAAUGAUUCUUUUCUGUGUGAAACUUAAUCUUACGAUGAGCAAAGACAAAAACUUUCCAGUGGAUCAAAUUUGGAUCUUUUUCCGCUAACCUCUGCUGCUUUGAUUGACGAGGUGAGUUAAAGAUCUGAAUCACCAGUUCUGUAACGAUAAUGUUCACUGUAACUUCCUUGACUCUGUUAGAUGUGAUUUUUUUUGCUGCCUCUGCUCUUUCUUCUCCUCUAAAACACAAGUCAGACCCUGAAGAUUAGACCGUCUCUUUUAAACACGUCCUGUUGUCAUUUUUUCAGAGGGAACACACCAGAAACAAGAGGAACGGCAUACGUAGUUUAUGAAGACAUCUUUGACGCCAAGAAUGCCUGUGACCACCUGUCAGGUUUCAACGUCUGCAACCGUUACCUGGUGGUCCUCUACUACAACGCAAACAGAGUACGUAUGGUUAAUAGAGAUUAGAAAUAAGUGAUUCAAACUAAAGAUCUUUUUUUGUGAUUGUUUAAAAAGAAUAAAUGUCAGAUUAGAUUAUUCACCUCUGUUUUAUUGACUCUGUUUGCAGGCUUUCCAGAAGAUGGACACCAAGAAGAAAGAGGAACAGCUGAAGCUCCUAAAAGAGAAAUACGGCAUCAACACAGACCCUCCAAAGUAGCCUCCAGAAACCCUUUCCACCACCCCUUUUCCUUUUUUUUCUCUCUUUUUCUUCUGUACAGUCGUCGCAUGUCCUUUAUUUUACCGGAGAUGAUUUUAUUGGGUUCGCUGAUAUGGUUGUUUUUCUCAUGAUUUUGUAAACACUCAUCUUGGUUAGACUGUGUGAGGAUGAACAUCUAGACUGGGGAAAGUCGAUUCUCUUCAGCUGGAAACAGAUUACAGGCAUCAGCCUGUGAUCUGUGGAAGUAUUCAGAUUGUAAAAGGUGUUAAAAUCUGCUUUUGCAAAUAGUUUUAAGUCCUUUUGUUGUCGCUUUUUUCAUACUUCCACAAACUUCUAAUUUAAAUCUGAAGAUGGUCACGCUGUGUGUGAUAUGAAAUCAUGAUUACGAAUACUGACUAUGUAAAAUAGUCUGUAAAAUAAAUGUCCUUUUUUCUAAAAUCUCUAGUCUGCUCUCUUUUUACAUACUAUAGAUUUCACAUAAUGAAAGAGCUGUCCUCUUUGUGAACCGGUACAGAUCAAUAGACUGUAUAUUCUGCAUGUGCACAAAGGUUAGGGGUCGUCCAGUCUUUGAUUUUCCUGAAGCGGUGAACAACUCGUGAUGUUGGUGUCCCUGGGGCUGUAAUCUACUGAUGACUGUAAACCUGUAAAAGGACACCAGUGUCUGAGUGAACCUGGUGUGUUUGUGGUUAAUCCACUAAAAAACUUCAUGAAAAUUUUAAUGUGUAAGGACUAGAUGCUGUAUUUCUACUUGAUGCUUCUCUAUCCCACAGGAAACAGACAUUAAAGACGAUGUUUUUAAAGGAAUUAAUAAUAAGAAAAACAUUGUCUUUAAUGCCUGUUCACUUAUCAAGAGUUUUGUUUUGACAGUGACAUCUGGUGGUAUCACAGAGAUAUGACAUGGGAAAAUGGACUCCAAGCCUUAUAUAAAUCAAUGACUCCCAAACUUUUUCUGCAGGGACCCCCAUUGGUCAAUGAAAAUACCCUUUACCAUAGACACCAACUCAGAAACAUAAUGUGCAAUAGUUGUGUAGUGUGUGUUAAGACUGUAUCAGACAUGUCCUUUGCUAAAAUUGUACUUAAACUUUGCAAUAUUAAACCUGAUUUUUGUUAUGAGAAGUCUGCGCAUUGUUAGAGGAGUUGGAAUCUAAAGAACUGUAUUUUCUGGACUAUAAGUCGCACUUUUGGUUUUUGGCUGGAUUUGUGACUUAUACUGCGGUGCGACUUAUAUAUAUAUUAAAAUAUAUAAUUUCAUAUAUAAUUUCAUCUUGAAUUUAGUCAAAUAAAUUUCCCCCAAAAAUGCGACGUAUACCGGUAUAUGGUUUUUCUUCUUUAUUAUGCAUUUUUUGGGAGGAGCGACUUAUGGUCCAGAAAAUGCGGUAUUGUAUAUUUUAGAAGAUGAGACUUUCUUUACCAGUUCUCCCAUUUGCUGUUUUACUCACGGUGGAGUAUGCUGUGUUUUUACAAAGCUUUCCUGCACCUUUCUCCAUAACUCCAGGCCUCUCCUAUCGGGGUCCUGUUUUAUGUUUUAUGUAUUUUAUGUAGUUUUUAUGCAAAGUUGAAGAACAUGUUUUAAAAUUAAAAGCGACUUUUAAGAUGU